AUGCUCCAGGCAAACAGCAGGAGUCGAAGACAAGGGCCUCUCCGGCGGCGACGGGUUCCAGGAACGAGAGCCCACCAAGCAUGUCUGAACUGCAAAGAGAAGAAACUCAAGUGCGAUGACCAAAACCCUGCUUGUGGCAACUGUAAGAGGCUGGCUAUCUCCUGUCUUAUCCAAGACCCCAAAAGCAAGAAGACGAGGCCCCGAAAUUACCUGGAGGUCCUGGAAGGCCGCGUCGCCAGCCUUGAAGGCCGUGACGACAGAUCCUCUUCAGGCACGACACAAUCUCCACUUGGCCCUGCAGUAGGCUGCUCCAAUGGAAGCACCCCGUCAACCCAACUGACACCAGACAAUGGUGAGGGAACCAGCGACUUGUCAUCCAGAGUGGGCAUGUUGGACUUUCGGACGACACAGAUGGAGCCCCAGUAUCUCGGUUCAUCGUCUGCGUUUGCGUUUUCUCGCAUCAUCAACUUCUCUCUCAGCCGAGACCUGCCCAGCGAACCCGCCCUGGCCAGCCUCAACAAUAGGCAUGCAUCGCCGCCGUCUCCUUGCCUGUUACCAGAUUACGAGGUCGCUCUGACGCUUAGCAAUGCAUAUUUCAAGCACAUUCACCCACAGUACCCUUUUCUGCAUGAACCGACCUUCAGAGCUUGGGAGGCAAGACACUAUGGUUCAUCUCAUGAUGCGACCGAAAUAGGAUUUUCUUCGUCGCCAUUGUUCUUCCUCAACAUGGUGUAUGCCGUUGCAUCUCUUCUCUUACCGAACACUCAGUCUUUGGCCGAGCAAUUGUACAUGUCCGCUCAGCUCUUCACCGACAUAUUGUCCAAGGAUAACCUAGAGUCUAUUCAAGCCCUAUUGUGCUAUGCCAUGUACUCUCUUCGCUCGAUGGACGGACCAUCCCUCUGGAAAUUAUCCGGCCUCGCACUGCGUCAAUGCAUCGAACUGGGCUAUCACCGAGGCAUCAAACGUCUUGCGCCCACCGCAAACCCACUUCAACAAGAAAUGCGCAGAAGAGUCUUCUGGGUUGCGAAUGGAAUUGACUGCACCGUGGCCUUGAGGCUGGGACGGCCACUGGGUAUCCCGAUUCAGGAGAUCGAUGCCGAGUAUCCAUCAGAUGUUGACGACUCUGCCAUCACUGAAGCCGGCAUCACCAGUCCGCCUCGGUCCCACCACAGCCAGCCAGCGACAACAAUGUCCACUGCCAUCCACGCGCCUCGCGCUCAGACGUCGAACAUGGUGCCUGCCAUCCUCGCAUCAGAGAGUUACGGGCAGACUUGGACGCCUGGCUGGCGGAAGCUCCACCUUCACGGCCAAGGCAAGAUGAUGAUCUGUCCAUCUUCUCUAUAA